AUGCUUAGUUCUUUUGUUGGAAAGGUACAAAAGAGUUUAUCAAUGAUUGUACCAAGAAAGCACGCAUUGAGUUACUGGAAUGAGGAUCAUGCCACAACCACAGGUGACUUGGCUGAUGAUGUUAUGAAAGGUUACUUUGCUGUUCUUGCAAGGAAGGGAAAUGAAACUAGAAGGUUCAUUGUUGGGUUAGAUUACUUGACAGAUCCUGCUUUUGUGGGAUUGCUUGAUGAAGCCUGGGAGGAGUAUGGUUUUAGACAGAAGGGAACUCUCGUUGUUCCGUGUCGGCCCAAGGAUUUGCAGAACAUUCUAGAUGGUCGGAAAACAUAG